UUUACAUAUAUACACAAUGAGUCUGAAAAAAGGAGAAGUGAACCUUGGUACCUCUAUUAUGGCAGUUGCUUUUAAAGAUGGUGUCAUUCUUGGUGCAGAUUCGCGUACAACAACAGGUGCUUAUAUUGCCAACCGAGUCACAGACAAAUUGACUAAGGUACAUGAUACUAUUUACUGUUGUCGAUCUGGAUCUGCUGCUGAUACACAAGCAGUAGCUGAUAUUGUUCAUUAUUACCUUCAAAUGUAUACUGUCAAUGAAAAUGAAGCACCUUCUGUUCGCACAGCUUCAGCAUUAUUCCAAGAAUUAUGUUAUCAAAAUAAAGAUAACCUUUCAGCUGGUAUUAUUGUUGCUGGUUGGGAUAAGAAAGAAGGACCUGCUGUGUACAACAUUCCCCUUGGUGGUUCAUUACAUAAGCAACCCUUUGCUAUUGGUGGCUCUGGUUCAACUUAUAUCUAUGGUUACUGUGAUGCCACUUAUAGAGAUGAUAUGUCACGUGAAGAAUGCAUAGAAUUUGUCAAGCACUCUUUGGCAUUGGCUAUGUCUCGUGAUGGAUCCUCAGGUGGUGUUAUUCGUUUAGCAGUGAUCACAAAAGAUGGUGUUGAAAGACUGUUUAUUCCUGGAAAUGAAUUGCCAGUUCAUUGGCAAGGAUAAAUAAAAUAAUUUUACGUGUUUGAUAAAAUAAGUUUUCUUUCUUUAUU